AAUGACCUAACCCUAAUCCUUCUCUUAUGUUCAGUCGUACCAUUCAUGUUUCCCUUAGAACUUGUGUCUGCAACUCAAAACACCCAUACACAAAAGCUUCGGAUGAAACAGAACAUCAAACAUCAUCUUCUUACCCUCCUCCCCUCUUUGACUGACCGACCGACCAAACCCCCCCUUUUCUCCCCGUUAAACAACAACAGCAGCAGCACCACCAGUGGUGGCGGUGCUCAGCGGUGGCAGAGGACCGAGAGAGAGAUAGAGAGAGAGGGUGAAUGCGAGAGAGAGGGAGAGUGAAUGCGAGAGAGAGAGAGAGAGACGCAGGAGAAGACGACGGCAACGCCGUCAUCGACGCCGGCAACGCCGUCAUCGACGUCGGCGGCAGAAGUCGUCCAACCCCGAGUCGGUUCGAUUUCGGUGGUUGUUUCGAGUCUUGUUUCGGGUCAGCUUAGUUCCGACAGUCCAGAUUUCGGGAUUUUGCACAGGUUCAGAUUGUUUGGAUUCUGGUUCGAUUUGGUUUCGGACAACUCAGUUCAACUCGGUAUGAAUCGCUCGAGUCAGUCUCAGUUUGGGUUCCAUUCUUGGUUCAGGUUCAGUUUCGGGCGGUACGGUUUUGGUUCAGUUUCAGUUCGGUCAACAUCGGUCAAACCAGUCAGAUUCAUGUUUUUCAAAGCUCGGGUUAUACUCCGGUUCAGUCCCGUUCAGUUUGUUUCGGUUCAGUCAACAAGUCACAACAGUCAACUCGGUCAACGAAAGUCAACCGGUCAACUGCUGGUCAACGAUCCAUCCGAGACUUGGGCGACCUCGAUGUUCCAUUCUCCUAAUCACAUCAACUCGUCAUACUUGGAUAAUCGGAAGACUUAGCAAUUAUGU